AUGGAUAACAACAACCCCCAAAAAAAUAAUCCAAAAGGAGCCGAAAUUGUCAUUGAAUGUGAAGAGGAAGAGCUGGAACCAUGGCAGAAAAAAGAAGAAGAAACUUCAGAUGACGAUGAGCUAAUCUUUGUUAAAGAGAUAUCAAAUUCAAAAACUGCCAUUUCAAUCUACAGACAGCAUUGCAACUCAGGUUGUGGUCAAACUUCACUUGAAUUAAAAGUCUCUUCUAAAGAAAACGGUGUUAAUCCAGUACAACCAAAUACCAGUGAAAGUGUUUCUGAAGCAAAUCCCUCUGUUUCAGUGUCUUUAAUGGACUGUUCUUCAGAGGCACCCUCCCAGUCUACUGGAGGAACAGGAACUGCAGAUACCUCAUCAUCUCAAGAUAAAACUGGAAAAUCUGUCCUAAAAGCUUGUCCAAAGUGCAAUUCUGAGUUCAGUCUUUUGGAUCAUUUGAAAUUCCACAUGAAGCGUUGUUGUCCAGACAUGGUGAAUAACUUCUUGGAAGUUAAAGUAGAAUCUUCACGUACUGAAGACACCAUUGAGAUUGCUUCAGAGAAGGAGAAAUUAAUUAUGUUAGUUAGUGACUUUUAUUACGAAACACAUGAAGGAGCUACUGAGGCAGAACCGAAGACUCACACAACUUUUAAAUGCGUCACUUGCUUUAAAGUUCUUAAAAAUAAUAUUAGGUUCAUGAACCACAUGAAACACCACUUGGAACUUGACAAACAGAACAGUAAGAGUUGGGAAAGCCAUACCACCUGCCAGCACUGCUACCGAAAAUUUUCCACACCCCUCCAGCUGCAGUGCCACAUUGAGAAUACACAUACCCGUCAGGAAGUUUCUACUACUUGCAAAAUCUGUGAAUUAUCAUUUGAAACAGAGCAUAUUCUUUUACAACAUAUGAAGGACACUCAUAAACCUGGUGAGAUGCCAUAUAUUUGCAAGACUGUCCUUUGGGCUGAAAACCAUGAUGAAGCAGCAGGAGUUUCUGUGGGAAAGAACAGCAUGCUCUGCCAAAAUCAGAAAAAAAAAGGAAUUCAACAAUGUACAAAAUGCAGACUGCAGUUUUUGACCUGCAAGGAAAAAAUGGAUCACAAGAUAGAGCAUCGUACAUUUAUAAAGCCUAGAGAACUAGAAGGAUUGCCUCCGGGAACAAAAGUUACUAUUCGAGCUUCAUUUGGACAUCUUCCGUCAAGAGAACCAAGUACAUCUUCUAGUCCUCAAAGUGCUUCUGUUGAGGUUUCACCUCCACAGUCUAAAAAUACAAGUGCUAAUAGUCUUUCAAAUGCUAAUUCAAGUAAAUCUAAGACAAGUAAGCCUGGUGCAGCUUCCCCCACUGCAAGUAAACCUAGUACAAGUAAGGCAGGAGUAGGUACAGCUAAAGACAGAAUGAAAUCCAUUUACAAGCAUAAGACUCGCAACACAAAAAAUGCAAUCAGCAUAGCAUUGAAGAACUUAAGGUAUCAUCAGAGGAUACACAAGUGCAUUGAGUGUCAUUCCCAAAUAAAAGACUUUGCAAGCCACUUUUGUAUAUAUAGCCACUGUAAUUUUUGCAAGUACAACACUAACUGCCAAAAAGCCUUUAUAAAUCAUACGACGAGGAGUCAUGCCAGCUAUCCAAGUAAACAGUUACGUAUUCUUAAACAUUCUAGAGCUCCCAGGGGCAUUACUCUAGUGUGCCUUAAAUGUGAUUUCCUAACUAAUUCUUCCAGCUUAGAUCGAAUGGCUAAACACUUAAAUCAGUGUAAAACUCAUACUUGCCAAGUUAUAAUAGAGAAUAUUACAGAAAGUACCUCAACUUCUGAACCCACUUCUCACCGCUUGUUGAAAUAGAUUCCCGCUCUGUGGCGCUCAUGCA